AUGGAAAACCUCACAGUAGAGGAGGCCCGUCAUCGGCACGAUAAAGACGUUGUUCAGCCUUAUAAGGCAAAUAGUGCUAAAUCUUAUGUAGGAAAAUCCAUUUCCGAUCGCCAGGCCCUGUACGCCGAAUCCAAGAAGGAUCCCGUCCUUUUCUGGAGCAAGAUUGCAGCAGAUAACUUUUACUGGAAAAAUUUAUGGCCCUCAGAAAAGCCGGCGAUGGAGUUCAAUUUUCACAAGAGUAAAGGAAAAGUCUUUGUGAAGUGGUUUGAUGGAGCAAGGACUAACAUUUGCUACAAUGCUCUUGACCGCCACCUUGCACAGCACAAAGACCGCGUGUGUUACUACUGGGAAGGAAACGCAGAGGGGGAAACCAGCUCGGUGACGUACGGCAAUAUGCAUGAGGCUGUUCUGCAGUUGGCAGCCGUGUUACGGCACCAGUAUGGCGUCCGGAAGGGCCAGGUGGUCACUCUGUACCUCCCAAUGAUCCCAUUCACAGUGCAGCUCAUGCUGGCAGCAGCCCGCAUCGGAGCCGUGGUCUCCGUUGUAUUUGCCGGCUUCUCUGGAAAAGCGCUUGCCUCUCGCAUCAUUGACUCCGCCAGCGAACUUGUCAUUACGGCUGACUCUUCUUUUCGUGGAGAGAAGCCCAUUCCUCUUAAGGAGGUUGUGGAUGUGGCCAUUGCGGAAUGUGAGAGCGAAGGUCAUCAUAUCCAAUGCCUCGUGUAUGAGCGACACGGUCGGGAGAAUAUUCCAAUGAAGUCAGGCCGUGAUCGGUGGUAUGGCGAUGUGGUUGCCGCCAUGACAGCCAGCCAGCUGGCGGAUUGUCCCAUAGAGUGGGUGGGCGCAGAAGACCCACUCUUUAUGUUGUACACCUCCGGCAGCACCGGUAAGCCAAAAGCAAUUCUUCACACCGUUGGAGGAUACAUGGUGUUUGCGGGAACCACUUUCAAGUACAGCUUUGACUACCACGAGGAAGACGUGUACUUCUGCACCGCGGACAUUGGUUGGGUCACAGGCCAUUCGUAUGUGGUGUAUGGUCCCAUGCUAAACGCCGCCACGUCCGUGCUUUUUGAGGGCACACCAACAUAUCCCACACCCUCCCGUUGGUGGGAGCUUGUGGAUAAGUAUGGUGUCACGGUUUUUUACACCGCACCAACAGCUAUUCGAUCGCUCAUGCAAUAUGACGAUGAACCCGUAAAGAGGACGAGUCGAGCGACACUCCGCGUUCUUGGUAGCGUCGGGGAGCCAAUCAACGUGGAGGCUUGGAGGUGGUAUUAUGGGGUAGUCGGCGAAGGCCACGUGGACAUCAGCGACACGUGGUGGCAAACAGAGACGGGCGGGCACCUCAUUACACCGCUGCCGGGCUGCACGCCGCUGAAGCCUGGAAGUGCAACGCUGCCGUUCUUUGGUAUCGAGCCUGCCCUGUUGGACCCAAUGACAAAUGCGGAAAUUGACGGUCCCGGUGAAGGGCUCCUUGUGAUCAAGAGCCCGUGGCCGGGGCAGGCCCGCACUAUCUUUGGGGAUUCUGAGCGCUACGAACAGAUGUACUUCUCCGUAGACGGGUACUACAUGACAGGAGACGGUGCACGCCGCGACGAGGACGGCUAUUACUGGAUCACCGGCCGCGUGGACGACGUGUUGAACGUCAGUGGCCACCGCAUCGGCACCAGCGAGGUGGAGGACGCCGUAAACACGCACCCCCUUGUUGUGGAAAGCGCCGCUGUUGGCAUCCCGCAUAAUACGAAGGGGGAGGGCAUUUAUGUCUAUGUCACAUUUCACCAGAACACCAUAAUCGACAAGGAUCUCCUCAAUGCCGUCAGGGCUACUGUCCGUAAAGUGAUUGGGCCGCUGGCAACACCCGAUCACAUCCACCCGGCGCAGUGUGGACUUCCAAAGACGCGGUCUGGUAAGAUUUUGCGUCGCAUCUUGCGCAAAAUUGCCGCCGGCAUUUUUGAUGGCCUUGGCGACAUCAGCACCCUUGCGGAUCAAACAAUUGUGGCGAAACUUAUCGAGGAAAGGAAUGGAGUCUCUAUUUGA